UCCCAUGAUGAGGAAAUGAUUACCAAUAUUUGCCCAGCCCUACACUCCUCUGCUGCUACUGUGUUUCGCUGAGAAAGCAAUGUCUCUCUGGUUCCAUUCAGCAGGAGAAGGUUCCUGGGUCAACCAAUAGCUCUAUAACUCCUGCGGACACUAUGGAUAGCCCUAGUGGAUCUGAGUGUCCGAAAGAUGGCUCAGAGGAGUCCGGAGAGGAAUGUUUGGAGGGUGUUACUAUGGAUUGGUGUUCAGUCAUUUCAAAGAAGCUGCUACUAUACAGGUGGAGGGAAUAAUCAUUGCAGCCAUCCUGAAUGUACUAAUGAUCCAUCACUUGCCAGGAAGAAGUACACACCUUCAUUUGAGUUCUCCAUUCUUCACUCGAAGCUAAAAGAGGGGACAGACCCAAUUAAGAGUGCAAGAGAAUGGAUUUCUCAAGAUCUUUUGGUGAGUAUUAUAUACAGAUGUACCUGUAAAGAUACUACAUGCAUUUGCUGCUACGCUGUUACGCUGUUUACGUACGUUGAAAGCUGAGUUUCGUCUUUAUGUAUAUUAUUAGUUCAUGCACGCUGCUGUGUUCACCUUGUUA